AUGACAAAACACAGCAAAAACAACACUUCGUCCUCCGUAUUCUCCUAUCAUGAAUAUAAGAAGCUCGACUAUGGCACUAAACGCCAACGUCUCGGGAACGAGUCGAUGCGUCCUUACGAUGCGUGUGCUCUAUGUCUACAAAAAGCCCGCGAUGCCGUCGCUUGUUCAGAAGGACAUCUGUUUUGCAAGGAGUGUGUUUACUCGGAUCUGUUAACGCAGAAGAAAGACAUCAAACGCCAGAAAGCACGCCUCGAUGCACUCAAGAAAGAAGCAGAGGAAGAGCGUACACGCGUCAAGGCUGAAGCGCGUGCUCGAGUCCUACAGGAAUUUGAGCGAGGGCAGCUUGGUCUGGGCUUGGGUAUUGCUGCGGGAGCGGCAAUUUCUGUGAAUGGGACUGGUAAAGAGAAGAGUAAGGAGAAGGAGGAGGGUUCGAAGGAGGCGGGCAAGGAAAACGGGAAACAUGACGAGUCUUCCGAGCCGCGUGGCACAAAACGCAAAGCCUCCACCCUCUUCGAUCCCGUCCAAAUCGAGACCCUUGCCACCGAAGCAGAGGUAGCCGCCCUCGAACGCAUCAAACGCGAACAAGCUGAAGCUCUCAAAGCUAAAUUACCUGAUUUCUGGUUGCCCUCGCUCACACCCACGUAUAGCUCCGGACGGGGUUCUGUACCGAAGGACUUGAAAGAAGUGAAAGUUGUGUCAUCAUGUAGGGGUGGGCAGGAGGCACAUGAGAUUUCAUUGAAAUCCCUCGUACCCGUAACUUUUACCUACCCCAAAGAACUUCCACCCGACGUUCGGAAUCCCGCAGACCGACACGACGCAAUCUGUCCGUCAUGCAAGAAAGGAUUUUCGAAUAGUACCAUCAUGUUCCUCAUGACGUCCUGCUCCCAUGUCGUUUGUAAGACAUGCACAGACACGCUCGUACGGCCAGCCGCACAAUGUGUCGUAUGCGACUCUCCUACACCAAAAGAUAAGAUUGUUGAGAUGAAACGCGAAGGUACGGGCUAUGCAGGCGGUGGACUGGCAGAAACAUCCAAAGCAGGUGUUGCAUUUCAGGGCUAGCUUCCUGUGUAUACUUAACUAGACAUCUAAUACUAUAC